UUUUCACCUCUUUAACAAAUGGUACGCAAGUCACCUUCAAGCUGAAAAUAAUGACAAGGCUACAAAAUGGACAAACUGCGUCAGCAACUUCACCCAAUGAAAUACGUGUAACACCAACUGCGGACCCAAUAACUGCAACUACGGAAUCAGAUACCACCACAUCUGUCGAUCCAACUACAGUAGUAACAACUGAACCAACCACAGCUACAACUUCCCAACCAUCCACUACUAUUACUGAACCAACCACAGUUGCAACUUCCCGACCAUCCACUACCAUUACUGAACCAACCACCGCUGCAACUUUCCAACCAUCCACUACCAUUACUGAACCAACCACACCAAGAACAACUGAACCAACCACAGCUGAAACUUUCCAACCAACAACUACUAUUACUAAACAAAGCACAGCAGCAACAACUGAACCAACCACAACCUCUGGACCAUCAACUGCUAUUUUUGAACCAACCACAGUUGCUACUUUCCAACCAUCCACUAACAUUACUGAAUCAAACACAGCAACAGCUAAACUAGUAACACAACAUAUUAUCUCCGUCGCUGUAUCACACGAACCUAUGAACUCGACUUCACCAUCACGGACAAAUGCAACAUCUGGAUCAACUAUCUCAACUACCGGAACAAAUUCAGCGACCCUCACGUCAACUACAACGCUACCAACAAUUUUUCUUGCUCAGCUACUAAUAUUGCUGACUAUGACUUGACUAUAUUCACCAGAACAGUUUUUUAAUAUUGAUUAUCUUGUAGUAUGUUAGCACGUAGGAAGAAUCUUUCUAAAACGCACACGCCCAGACAGUCAGACUUGCAAAAUAAUUUAGUUUAGAACUUUCUUGAUUGUUGCGAUACUUUAAUCGCAAUUAUGACGUACCUACACUGCAUCUCAUUCAACCAUAGAAACAACAAAGCAAUCCUCAACUUGACGACAAUGCACAAAUACGAUGGUGUGUACCAGAUAACAUAUUAAGAGGCUCCCAUGAGUUAAAAAACGGCAAAAUGUAUAGAGUAAAAUAUCAGUCCUCGUAAGUAAAAUUUGAACAAAAAGUAACAAUCAAUCAACCAAAUCAUUUUUAUAUAUUCAGGAAAAGCACAUUAAAACAGAGCAAGAGAUUUAUAUAUAGGCAUGCCUGUAAUAUCUUUGUAUGGCGACUUCCUACAUUGUAAUGACUUGGAGUCUAUUGUCAAUCAGUUGUUGUGAAAACUAUGGAUCGAAACCCCAACAGGAAUUUAGUAAAUCGAUGCAUAGAAUUAUUUUGUAUCAAUAAAUCGAUAUUAUUUAUGUUGAACAAUCGACAUUAUGCUGAAUCUUCAAAUGCAUAUGAAAAAUGAUUAUGAGAUUCCAAUGGGGUUCCAAUACAAUUUUUAAAUUAUAAAAAACGUCGG